AUAAAGAGUGAUAACAAGUUUAGUGUUAUCAAGGAACAGUUUAGUGUUAUCAAGGAGCAGUUUAGUGUUAAGGAACAGUUUAGUGUUAUCAAGGAGCAGUUUAGUGUUAUCAGGGAGCAGUUUAGUGUUAAGGAACACUUUAGUGUUAUCAAGGAGCAGUUUAGUGUUAUCAGGGAGCAGUUUAGUGUUAUCAAGGAGCAGUUUAGUGUUAAGGAACACUUUAGUGUUAUCAAGGAACAGUUUAGUGUUAUCAAGGAACAGUUUAGUAUUAUCAUGGAGCAGUUUAGUGUUAAGGAACAGUUUAGUGUUAUCAAGGAGCAGUUUAGUGUUAUCAAGGAGCAGUUUAGUGUUAAGGAACAGUUUAGUGUUAUCAAUGAGCAGUUUAGUGUUAUCAAGGAGCAGUUUAGUGUUAAGGAACACUUUAGUGUUAUCAAGGAGCACUUUAGUGUUAUCAAGGAGCAGUUUAGUAUUAUCAAGAAGCAGUUUAGUGUUAAGGAACACUUUAGUGUUAUCAAGGAACAGUUUAGUGUUAUCAAUGAGCAGUUUAGUGUUAUCAAUGAGCAGUUUAGUGUUAAGGAACACUUUAGUGUUAUCAAGGAGCACUUUAGUGUUAUCAAUGAGCAGUUUAGUGUUAUCAAGGAGCAGUUUAGUGUUAAGGAACACUUUAGUGUUAUCAAGGAGCACUUUAGUGUUAUCAAGGAGCAGUUUAGUAUUAUCAAGGAGCAGUUUAGUGUUAAGGAACAGUUUAGUGUUAUCAAGGAGCAGUUUAGUGUUAUCAAGGAACAACUUAGUGUUAUCAAGGAGCAGUUUAGUGUUAUCAAGGAGCAGUUUAGUAUUAUCAAGGAGCAGUUUAGUGUUAAGGAACAGUUUAGUAUUAUCAAGGAACAGUUUACCGUUAAGGAACAGUUUAGUGUUAUCAAGGAGCAGUUUAGUAUUAUCAAGGAGCAGUUUAGUAUUAUCAAGGAGCAGUUUAGUGUUAAGGAACAGUUUAGUGUUAUCAAGGAGCAGUUUAGUAUUAUCAAGGAGCAGUUUAGUGUUAUCAAGGAACAGUUUAGUGUUAUCAAGGAACAGUUUAGUGUUAUCGAGGAGCAGUUUAGUGUUAUCAAGAAACAGUUUAAUGUUAUCAAGGAACAGUUUAGUGUUUUCAAGGAACAGUUUAGUAUUAAGGACCAGUUUAGUGUUAUCAAGGAACAGUUUAGUGUUUUCAAGGAACAGUUUAGUGUUAUCAAGGAACAGUUUAGUGUUAUCGAGGAGCAGUUUAGUGUUAUCAAGAAACAGUUUAGUGUUAUUAAGGAACAGUUUAGUGUUAUCAAGGAACAGUUUAGUGUUAUCAAUGAGCAGUUUAGUAUUAUCAAGGAGCAGUUUAGUGUUAUCAAGAAACAGUUUAGUCUAAUUCAGAUUAAAUCUCAACAUAUUUUAACAUAA